CCUGAGGUGAACGCUGCUUGUGUAAUUUCUCUGUUGUGUGUCUGACAUUCAGGCUUCAGUAAGACUUUCACGGCGGGGAAGCAGGUCGUCCACUAGUCUGUCAGCGUCGUCACAAAAGAGGUUUAAAAUGCUGUCGUCUUUCGUCGCGAAAAGACUGGUGACAGGGGUGUGCCAGGCAGCAUGGAGACCAGCAGUCGCAGGGCUGGUGUCAUCUCGUGGUUACCGCGGAGACUCGCCGGAUGACACCAGGAAUGACCUGAUUGAGAUCCCUUUGCCUCCUUGGGAGGAGAAACUGGGAGAGCCCACUGACAUCAAGAGACGCCGUCUUCUCUAUGAGAGUCGCAAGAGGGGCAUGUUGGAGAACUGCAUAUUGCUCAGCCUGUUUGCACAGCGAUACCUGAACACGAUGAGUGAGAGCCAGCUGCAGCAGUAUGACAGACUGAUAAAUGAACCGAGCAAUGACUGGGACAUCUACUACUGGGCAACAGAAGCUCAGCCCACCCCUGAUGUUUACCAAGGAGAUGUCAUGGAUAUGCUGAAGGAGUUCACAAAGAACCGCAACCAUGAGCAGAGGUUGGAUGCUCCCAGCUUGGAGUACCUGGAAAAGGAAAGCCAAUGAAAACCUCCUCAAAGACUCAUUUAAGGUGCGGCAGUGAGCGAACAUCAGUGCCGUAUACCUCCAGAAGCCAGCUGUGUUCCUCUAGCAACACACGGCAAAGUGUACAAAAUAUUGUGGAGUGCAAAAUAUUUGGAACACUUUACUAUCUAGUAUUGUCCUGUUUCUGCGAAAUACUCGAGUCACAGCAGUUGGUCAUUAUAGCGAGAAGAAGAUUCAUGGAAGAAGGGAAGUUUGCGGAUCGGACAAAAGCUGACCCCCAACACAAUGUUAGGAAUGUGUUAUGAAUAUUUUGCUAUCAUUGUUUUGUAAAUUUGUGAUUUAAGACUGUAAAUUAAAACUGCUCAGUGUGUGAGAUGUAUUCUGGAACAGCCAGCUUUAAUUAAUGGAUACACGCUGGUCUGUACAAUGAUUUUACUGUGCCUGUGCCAGACAUUAUGAGUUAUUUAAUAAACCUCGGUCCUCUACUGA